AGCGUAAACAAGUGUAUUUUCAUCUAAUAAAUAUAAUAACAUUCAUCAUCCAUCCUCUAUCUGCAAAAGUUUGGUGUAUUCUUUCAAGAUGGAACAAGAUCGGAAUGUUAUUAGUGUAUGAAGCUUCGAGAUUUAGAUAUUUUCACGAGAUCAUUCAAAAAAGGAUGUAAUUGUUGCAGUUCCAAUGCAGCCACGCGCAAAAAGUUUGUUGCGGCCACUGGCAAAAAAAUUGUAUUGUAUAAAUAUUUUUCAACAUUCAUAGUAUGCAACAUUUGUUGUAAUACAAUGGUAAAGGAACAGUACAAAAGUGCUUUUGACUGCUAUUACAACCACCUGCUAUAUUUUCAAUAUCAAGUCAGCUUCAAUUGCAUUGCUGAACACAUACAAGAAGCAUGUUUAUUUUCCGUACGAAUUGAACCUUACUCCAAAAGGAAUAAAUAUCGGCACCCUUACAAGUUCGCUGUGAUCAUAAAAAAUGUUAGAGAAUCGAAAGGAAAAAGAUGUGUAAAAGUGAGGCAACGUCGCCACCAAUCGAGCAAGAGAUUUGUAGUUGCUGCGGAGGAUCAUUCGGGCUUCCGUCGGCAGAGUGCGCUGCAAUAAUUGUUCGGGCGCGGUGGCGUAGACUCGU